CGUUACUGCUUUAUUCGAAUCGCGCUCAAAAUAACCGUAAAUAUUCCACCACUCCCCCAAACCCCAACCAUCCCGCUGGCGUGUGCUCUCUACGACCCCCACGAUGUCUCGGCAGUCGGGUCGCACGCCGCUGCCGGGACUUGGUGGGGGCCACAUCAUCACGCUCCACAUCCAACCGCUACUGCUUCGUCCACCGUCUCCGCUGUUUCGGUUAUCAAUCAACAACCCGCCACAAAUAUUAUCAAUCAAUUGCACCACCACCCGCAUCACCACCAUCAUCCGCAUCUGCAACAUCACCAUCAUCAUCUUCAACACACUGUGCCGACUGUGUCGGCGAAUUCAACCUCACUCAUACCGACGGCGGCUGUGCUUCCACAACAACAACAACAACAACAAACAACACCAACGUCACAUUCCACGCCUACUAAUGCGGUUAUGUAUGAAGAUCCCCCUCCAGUGCCAAUUGCUUCCGUGCAACAGCAACAACAACAACAACAACAACAUCUCCUGCCCACUCAACAGCAGCAACAGCAGCUCGCAGCUACACCAGUUGGUGGUGCCCACAGUCCUUCCCAAACACCUUCAGGUGCCCAACCGCAAGUACAGCAACACCUCGCCUCUCCACACCCCCAACAGCAACAACAACAGCAGCAAACGAAUAGUGUGCCUCCUGGUGCGUCUGCGAACCUCCAGCAACAACAACAAAAUUCAGCAGUGGCGUCCGGCCAAACGCAGAUUGUUGCGCCGUCAACGGCGAGUGUUUCCCCCUCCAGUGUUAGUUCCCAACCCCCAGACAUGUCAUUGUUAGCACCUCUGCACAUACCCGCGAUCCGACCUGGUUUUGAAGCUGACGCGACGGCAGCAGUUAAAAGGCAUCCUCAUCCUUGGGCUUACGAUGGUGAUGGCUUCAGUUCACAAUAUCACGCAUCACAAUACUUUCUAGAUCGAGACCGAAAGCCGGUUUUCUAUGGUUACCCCGAGACACAAUAUCAGCCGUAUUGGAAUUACCGGGAACAACCUACACCCGCUGCAGCGGCCUACAUGAGCGCUAGUGAUGAACGACAUGCUGCUGCAGCUGCUGCCCGCCAAUCCGUCGAGGGCACUUCGCAGUCUAGUUAUGAAACGCCAACGUAUUCUUCACCAAGCGGGCUGCGUGGGUACCCAAGUGAAGCUUAUUCAAGUUCAGGUGGUACAGCUGGCAUUCCUGUUGGUACGGUUGGGCCUUGUACUCCCACUAAUGCCCUACAUGAAUGGACUGGACAAGUUUCAGUGCGAAAAAAGCGUAAGCCCUACUCCAAAUUUCAAACUCUUGAAUUGGAGAAGGAGUUCCUUUACAACGCUUACGUCUCCAAACAAAAACGUUGGGAGCUAGCAAGAAACUUAAAUCUUACUGAACGGCAGGUAAAAAUUUGGUUUCAAAAUCGUCGUAUGAAAAAUAAAAAGAAUUCACAACGUCAAGCCUCCCAACAGAAUAACAAUAACAGCGCCAAUAGUAAUCAUAACCAUGCGCAAGCGACGCAACAGCAUCACAAUACUCAUCAUAUGAAUUUGGGUUUGAGCAUGGGUCAUCAUACCGCUAAAAUGCAUCAGUGACCUUUGGACAACAGCAGUGCCAGCGCCAUGGGCUUCCCCACCUACUAGCAUUUGGUGAACAUAAAAACCGAAAUACAGCCAGAAUUUCUGUAAAUGACAAAUUCAACCUACAUAUUCAUAUACAUCAAAAUAUUGUCGUAAAUAAAUAACUUCAAUAUAUUUGUAGAAAGUUGCUUACUAUCUACACAUUUAUAAUUAUAGACAAUUAAAGUUCAGAAAUCUUAUUGUGGAUCAACAGUAAUCAAAGAGAUUGCCUGUUAAAACCUUAAUUGCAAAGAAAUUAUUGUAAUUAAAGUUCUUAUUUGUGUUCAUAUUAUUUUAUAUUUUUCUAUUUAACAUUACGCAAUGUUUGUUUAAAUUUCUGUGUAUUCAAACCUUUUUCCCAGUGUAAUUUCUGAUAAGGGAGUGUUGCAAUCCAUUGUUUAUUAUUUGAAGUUUUAAAUAACUUUUGUUUGGUUUAAACCGACAGUUUCAUUAUUUUGAUCAGUAAGAUGUUUUAUACGUUCAAGUACAAGAUAUUAGAGAUAAUAAGGAUAAAAUAUUGGUAAAUAAUGGUAAGCAAGCCCAGUAAUUUGAAUAAUUUACGAUAUAUCAUAGGCAAUAAAUUGUUUGCAGGUUGUUAGGCUGAUGUUCGCUUAUUGCAUGCAAAUAUUAGAGUAUGCAAUUUAUAAAGACAUGAUAGAGGCACUGCUACAGUCAAAGUAACGUUUGAGGUAGACUAUAAAUACUAAUAAAUAUAUUUAAACUUAAUCUACAUUUAAAAUAAUAAUUAAGUAAUUUAUAUGUAAUGUGGAAGUGUAGUGAAAUAGCUGGCUCUUAAAAAGGAUGUAUAAAAGUUUUGUCAAAUUCUCAUAAAAACCUAUUUAAUAUAUGUAUCUUAACAAAUAUAUGAUUAAACAACAAUUAAAUUUUAAGAGUAUAAAAAAAGAUUAAACUUUUUAGUGAAAGCACGUAUUGAGAAAAAUCAUUUAAUAUUUAUGAGAGUCAAAAAUAACAAUGUAAAACAAAAAUAAGCAUUAUCUAAGUGUGUAAUCUCGUAAAGUUAGAAUAUAAUGCGCACAUAAACACUCACGUAAUAUUUGCACAUA